AUGCUUCAUUGUGUGCGAGCAAGCUUUUUGAAGCUAGUCAAAAGGCCCAAUAUAGUACAAUUUAAUUAUGGUCAUCUAGCGGUUGUUAGACCAGUACUAUACAGAUUUAGUAAUAGGCGAUGGUACAGUGAGAAGGUAAAUCUACCCAAGCCAAAUAUAGUGGAUAAUACAGGGCGAUCAUCAGUGGGGGACCUGGAAAAUUCGAGUGACUAUUUACACAUCCAAAAUAUUUUGUUGCAGAAGAAUCAGCAGCGCAUUACAAAGCAGAAGUUACUGAAUGAGGCUAGUGGGUUUUAUGAAAGGUUUAAAAUCAGUACCAAGUGGUUCUUAAUAAGAGAGAAUAGACCAUUUAACGGAGAGGAGAUAUCUACUUUGUUUUCUUGGUUGAUUUUAUCACAAGUUGUUUGGGUUAUAUUGGGUACUACAACAUUUGUUUCGUUACUGUUGUUUACAGCUAAUACUGUUUUUGCGAAGGAGAUUGUAGGGAAGUUGGUUGGGAACUGUCUGAAUAAGUACAUAGAAGGGGUUGAUGUGGAAUUUCAGGAUGCUCUCGUUCCUGAGUGGAAAAAGGGAAAUAUUAGUUUUCAGAAGGUGAAAAUCAAAACCACAGAUAAUGAUGGUUUUAACAAAAGAACCAAUCAGUUGAUCAGCUUUGAUCUUUCAUUCAACAGAAUUAAUUUGACUCUUUCCGUAAGGAAAUGGUUAAGGGGCCAAGGACUUAUUCAGAACUUGUACAUCUCUGGUAUGAAAGGUGAUGUUUCUAUACAGAAGGAACAGAAGGAUUACAGAUUAAUAGACUGGUUUUCAAAUCCUAAUUAUGAACUUGGUGAAGUUCAGGUCGAUGAUAGUUGCAUUUCUUUUUCAGAUGUGGAAAAUGACCAAAAGUUUCGGUUGUCUAUCUACAAUAUGCAGAUGAGCCAAUUGCGAUUGCAGUGGUGCUUGCCAGAUAUCUUCAAUGCCGAUGUCGUGUCUGGUGCAAUAAACCAUUCCUUGUUCAGUAUCCAUAAGAGACAACCUAAAUUAUGCUAUUUAAAUGAUUUUGAGAAUGAUCUUUCACCCUGGGAGCGUAUUACCAGAUUGAGGCUGAACCCGAUAUCUGUCAGGGAUCUAGGUUUGGACAAAAGUAAUGCCUUCAACUGGAUUCAAGGUGGUCAGGUGGAAAUUAUUGCUGAUUUGAUGCUUCCUAAAAAGUAUUCUGAACCAUCUAAGUUUGAGGAAGACAACAAAUAUGUGGUUAUGGACCUCAAGUUCACGUUUAGGGAUCUUGCAGCUCGCAUGGGGGAGGUUACACCUAAAUUGUCUGACAAUAAAGAAUUGCUCUCCUUUGAUGAGUUGAGACCAAUCAUUGCAUUUAUUAACACUCAGCGGGGCGCUUUCCAUUCAAUUAGAGAUUUCGACAGCUCCAACCCUGUAUGGCCUACUAAGGUUUCAAUCGACAAAAAAUCCUACCCUGAUAAAACAGUGAUCUCCUCAGGGGCAGCAACAUGGCCAGAGGGUGAGAAGAUGAUUCAGUUGAACAGAGAAAUCAUCAAAUACCAUGAUCACCCUUCCUCUAAGGAUAAUGAAUUAGUUCUAACAGGUCGGAUAGUCAAAGAUAUCAACGAUUUGAAAAACAUGUUUUUGUUCAAGGAAACGGGUGUCUAUGAUCAAUUAACAAUGGAACUGUAUGCAGAUUUAAUGAAAAUGAUUGAAGAAACUGAAUAUAAGAAAAAGAACGAUUGGGUGAAACUGUGGGGUACCACAGUUGCGUCCCAAAUACUAAUUUUUGGCUUAGGAGCUAUUGUUUAA